AUGGAUCUGAAAACCUCCGAGAGAAAUGACCAUGAUUGCCUGCGAUUUGGAAACGAACAUCCAAAUUUACCAAAUAAUGCCACACAUAUGGAUGGUUCGUCUUUAUCUAUAAUGUUCCUAGAAAUUAAUAGUACGGAGAUUGAUUCCACCUUUACUUUGGUUAUAAAUAUCUAUGUCCAGAAUCCAACUUCAGGUUCUCUUAUACAAAUAACUGAUUCAUUUUCGCGGGCAGUUUUUGAUUUAACCAUAGGCGAAACGGUUAUAAAUCUGAACGCAUUUCAUACAAACGGUACUAAAUGUGUAUCCAUUGCGAUAGACAAUAUGUUUAAUACCAGUACAUGGUAUUUGGUUGGUAUGAGAAGAGAUAUCUCUGCUGGAACAGUGUCAUUGAUAAUCAAUAAUGACAUCAUUAAAAGUGCAUCCGAUACUUGUGGUAUGUUUGGAUUAAGUAAGACACAUGUUACUGUUGGCAGUUGGAACUCAAAUACUCCAGGAUUUAGAGGUCUUGUCAGAUGUUUGGUCAUGUUUAGUAUUCUUAAUUAUAAUAUCAUCCUCGCUAACCACGAUACUUGUAUCAACGAAGAUGAUAAUGUCCCACCAGGAGAAUCUUGCGUCGGAUUCUUACCCUGA